UAGUCAAGCAGGAGUUUUAUUAUAAUAGAUACGCUAAACAACCCCCAACUUUUCGGGAAAAAAAAUAUGAAUCCAAUUAUUCUUUCUCCAUGAAAGUGGAGAAGUCCAACGAAUCUUAGCUUCUUAAUCACGCUACUUUCUUCGUCGUAUUUCUCUCGUCGUCGCUACCUCUUCCGUUAUUAGAUCUUCGAAGCGUGUUUCUCCCUUCAUUUUGUUUGUUUCGCUUUUCUUUUUCUUUAAAUUUUCAGUUAUGUUCUUAUGAGCAAAUGAAGGGCCCCCAAAAGUAACACUUUUUCUUUUUCGGCUUUUGUUGUGCUUCCUAUUUAAUGAUUGCUGUGGUGUAUGUUUUAUUGAUGGAGAGAGUGCCUGCGUUUACCCAACUGUUAAAGAAAGGAGAACUUAUAUAGAUUAACCAUUUGUUACUGCCUUAUUGAUCAGCUCAUAUUUAGCUCUUUAGCACAAAGAUAGAAGGCUAUGCAAUGGAGUCUACCUCUCAGGAAAUGAAUACGACUAACCAACCCGGUCACAAACCUUCGUUCUCGGCUUUGAUCGAUGCUAUCGCAUUGCAAGAACAAUGUUUUGAACAGUCGCUAGCUAGUCAACAGCUUUGGGCCAAACAGCUUGCUAAUGAACAGGAGGCAAAGAUAAAAGCAACUGUUCAGAAAAUCACAGUGGAUGCUGCUGAAGUUGAUGAAAUUCUUAAAGGGAAAAACAUUCUUACAUCAGAUGUGAAACCAGAAGGGUUUAACUCCAAAAGUGAGGAAGGGGAGCGUCAAUCACAGCCUCCAUGUGGGCAAUUUUCAACAUCGAGAUCCCGAUCUACCUCUCUCGUCCGGUAUCCAGAACCAGAUGUUUACGAGGAAAAUAGAAAGUAUUCCCCAAGAGAUCAUGUCAGCAAGAGGGAUCUUGGCUAUUUCAACUCUGACAUCCGAUAUAAUCGUUACAAGGACCAACAGAGACCAAAUUCCCAGAGUUUCAAAUACCAACCAGGUGAUGGUAGAGGCAGAGCUUAUCGUAGGGCAUCGAGAAGUCCUGAGGCUGACACUAACCCUCACUAUGGAAGGUCUAUUGAUAGCAGAAAGCAUAGAGAAAGAAGAGGUGCAUCACCCUUGGAAAGAAGCUGGAAAAGGGAAAGAUCUCCAUCAAAAUCAACGUCUCAGAGAUAUUGCCAUGAGGAUUCUAAUUUCGGAAGGUCGGGGAGUUUCAGAUACCAGUCGGGUGAUGAUACUGGCAGAAACUAUCAUACAGUGUACCAAAGACCCACUGAUGUCGAUAUCCCCCACGAUAGUAGGUUUAUUGAUAGCAGAAAACAUAGAGAAAGGAGUGGUUCAUCGCAUAUGGAAAGAAACUGGAAAAUGAAAAGGAGAUCUCCAUCUAAACCUAAGCAUCAGAGUUAUUUCGACAAGGACUCCCAUAGUUUCAGAUGCCAGCCGGGUGACAGUAGAACCAAAAGUUAUGACAGUAACCCUCACCAUGGAAGGUCUAUUGAUAGCAAAAAGCAUAGAGAAAAGAGAGGUGCAUCACCCUUGGAGAUUGGUAGGAGUCACAAGAGUAGACAUCUUUCAGCGGAAGACCGAAAAGAUGGUUACAGAGACAACGGUGAUGAGAAGAUUAGUGAGCCUACAGGUGGCAGGAGUGGAUGUCAGAGUAAGCCAACCGUGGAUGAAACUUUGGAGAAAACACUAUAUUAGGUACUAGCUUAUGUCGUUUUAAAGCAACUUUUCGUCCCUAGUAGAACAUUGUUUAGUCUUCCUGUUGGGUAAUGUUUCUUUGGUAGUACUCAGUAAUGUGGUACUUACUAAAAACAUUUUCUUAUUUUGGUUUUAUGUACUAUUCGGUCAAUGGAUUAACAUUGGAGCAAUAGAAAAACAAACCCUUUUGAGCCA